GAUGAAUGUAAAGAUACAGACACCACCAACUGUCAAUCAUGUGGUAAUACUGUAUAUCCUAUAGAUCAGUUUUAUAGAGAGAACUGUAUGAGGUCAUGUGAUGUUUGUAUAGAUACAAACAUUGCUGUUGGAAAACCAACGGGGCAGAGUUCUAAAUUAGAUUUUAGAUCAUCUUCAAGUAAUGCUGUAGAUGGUAGUACUAAUAAUAACUGGAACAGUGGUCAAUGUACACGUACAAAGAGUAACAAUGGUAAUGAAUGGUGGUGUGUUGAUCUUCAACAGAUUUAUAAUAUAAACAUCAUUAAACUAUUUAAUAGAGAUGCCUUUAAAGACAGAUUACAGGGAUUUGAGAUUAAGACAAGUUCUAAUGGUCAGUGUAAUCAAACAGGAUUUACAUCAGCUACAUCAUGUUAUAAAGAUACACCACCAACAACACAAGAUGUUUAUACAAUAGAUAGAUGUAAUCAACCUAUAUCAACUAGUAUAUCUGCAAGAACAGUAUAUGUCACUGUUUCAAGUGAAGUAGUUACUUUAUGUGAAGUUCAGAUAUUUUCUGAUACAUCCACCAAUGUUGCUCUUGGUCAACAAUCAGUACAACAGAGUUCUACAAAAUAUGGUGGUGUCGCUUCUAGAGCUGUAGAUGGUAAUACUAAUAGUGAUUUGAAUAUUGGCCAAUCAUGUACUCAUACACCGGAAGGAGUGUCUGGUUGGUGGUGUGUUGAUUUACAACAGUUGUAUUAUUUCAACCAAAUUAAAAUAUAUAACAUACAAGACACGAGAUUUUGGGGGAGAUUACAAGGAUUUGAGAUAAAGACAAGUUCUAGUGGUCAGUGUAGUGGACAAGGACUUCAAUCAGCUACAUCAUGUUAUAAAGAUACAACAUCAACAAUACAGUCUGUUUAUAAUGUAACUGGAUGUAAUCAAGGUUCAUCUACAUCAUUUUCUGGUAGAACUGUCUAUGUGUCAAGCUUUAACGACUCCCUAGUAAUGUGUGAAGUUGAAAUAUUUGCAGAUCUAGCACAAUGUAAUACUGGAUACUACAGUACAUCACGUUCUACAUGUCAGCCAUGUAAUACCUGUUAUAAUAAUACAUGUGAUCCUACUACUGGUGUUUGUACUGGAGAUUGUAAAACUGGUUUUUAUGGUGCAAAAUGUCAACAGAAUUGUAAUGAUGGUUGUUUAAACAAUAAAUGUUUUAAAUCUGAUGGUAGAUGUAAUGACUGUAAACCUGAUACAGUUGGUCCAUACUGUAACCUUACAUGUGGUACAGAAUGUCAACCAAGAACAGACCAGACCAGUGUCACUUGUGAUAGAAAUGGUCGAUGUACUGAAUGUACUGUUGGAAGAUAUGGUGAUAGAUGUGAUACGAACUGUAAUACUGGUUGUACUGUUUGUGAUAGAGAUGAUGCCAACUCUUGUACUGAAUGUAAAGAUGGUAGAUGGGGAUCAUCAUGUAAUAAACUAUGUAAUACUAACUGUAAACCAGUAGUUUGUACAACUGUUGGUAAGUGUGAUCAGAUGACAGGGGAUUGUAUAAAUGGAUGUGUACCUGGUAAAAUAGGGUCCAACUGUACAACGGAUUGUGAAGCAGGUCUUUAUGGUGAUAACUGUACCAGUAAAUGUGGUAACUGUGCUGAUGAAACAUCAUGUGAUAUAAUUACUGGUAGUUGUGGUCUUGUUGGUUGUGCUGAUGGCUUUCAAGGUCCAACUUGUCAGGACCGUUUGUCUUGCUGCGCAUGUACAGCGGUAAGUCCUGUUGUAAGUGGUGUGAUUGGUGUUCUGGUUGGUGUUCUGUGUGGUAUACUUGGUACGAUAGCAGUCUUCCUGCCAUAUCAUACUUAUAAGAAAAGGCGUCAAUCGAAUAACCCAAAGGACGACACUGUUCCUGAUUAUGUUUACAGUAAUACAGAUUUAAACCCAACUAGUUCUACAACAGAUGAUACAUUAACCACUAGAUAUCAGAAUAUUCUCACUAAUACACGUGAUGUAGAAUAUGAAAACCAGUCGUUUAAUACAGAAGACAAUACGAGAAAUAUGUAUGACACAUUAGAUCUUACAUCAAAUGAUACGCCAAAUACGUAUACAUCUAUAGUGUCUGGCAAAAUCAAAUAGAUGUAAUAAUGUAUAUUGUAUAGAAACAAAAAAAUGAUAUAUAGCGAAACAUUUUAUUAAUGUUUCUUACGUUUAAAAUUCUUUGGAUUCGCAAUGACCUCCCUGGACGAUUUAGUCGUUACUAUCAUAGACAUAUGAGGUGUCUGAACCAUUCACCAGACGAGGUUAUCCGGUAAGGAAUUGGAAUAUCAAUUGUAUUGACACUCGAUCUCAACAACAACAACUCGAGUGCUAAAGUAUUUAUCAGUAGUGCAUCAAGUAGAUAAAAUUGUUUAGAUUUUUAUUAUUAAUAAUUCACUAUAAUUUAAUCAUAAGCCAGUGAUACAUUGGUUCAUACUUUUCAAUGAUGGUUCCGGUCUUAUAUAUCGGAAGGUCUUUUUUGAUAGUUGUAGGAUUCGUUUGAGGAAUUCAAAUAUCCAUUAUAACAAACAUUCAAUGUAUUUCUAUUAUAUUGUUACGUUAUAUAUAGUCAUAUUAUAUCUAGAGCCGACACGGUCACUCAGUGAGUAAGACGUUGGCUCGCUAAAUUGGAGCCCCCGUUUUGAUCCCGCUGUUGACCGAGAAAGUUCAUCGGGAUUGGUUCAUUGUGCAGAAACUGUCUCGCUUUAAAAUCAUGUCACCCACGCAUUCUCAUCAUUAGUUAGAUUAUGUGAGCUAUAACGAAAUCUGUUGAAAUAGCAUUACCUCCUCGGUAAUAGAAGCUGGGGUAAAAUAAAUAAGACUUUGGCAAUUGAUAUCCAAACGUUGAGGGCUACUAAAGUAAAAGACAGUUCAGAUAAUAUGAUUAACAUUGUCGCUACCCAAAUUCUUGAAAACAAUGCAAGCGCGCAGGACAAUCCUGACAUCAAAAGAAACUACAAAGGCAGCCACCUAAUCUGAAACGCCUUAACCAAAGCAAAAUUUAGUUCAUCUAUAGUGUAUCUAAAUGCCUCGAUGUUCGAUGCCAAAUAGUUCAUAUUAUUUUUAUAACUUCACUCUUAACGUCAAUAUGAACUGGGACACAAAGAACCUCAUGUAUGCCUUAACUUGUAAUGGGGGGGGGGGCACUUUUAUAUGGAUGAAACCGGCACACAUUGAACCUGGGCCCUUAUUUGUAAUUAGACACAUAUUAAAAUGUGGAAAAGACCUACAAAUAAAAUUGAAAGAUGUCCCGUUUCAUAAAAUGGAAGUCGGUCAAAUAACAAAAACAAAAAAAUACUUCCCUCGACUUAAUAUUGAAUAAGUAACAAUGGGCCAUUAAUUUGAUUUAUUUUCUUAAUCUAUUCCGAGAUUAUUUUCUACUCAUUGUUCCUAUUUUAUACCCAUAUACAACAAAUUAACACACUUGUAUACAAGUUUUCUGUUACCACAUACAGUUGUAACUAUAGACAAUUUAAACCACAAUGUUACUAUGUAAAUAUGUGUAAAUUAAAGUAUGGUGUCCAUCCCUACGCAUUGACAUCAUUUAUGAAUAUUUUUCUAUGACCAUUUGAGACAGAUUUUAGAAACGUGUAUCUAUUUUUUAUACUUUUUGUACUUUUGUAAUUAAAAAAAUAAUGUAAAACUAUUUACUAUGCAAUGAACUAUAACCUUGUCUUUUAAUGCUGUGUUAUGUCAAUACUUGUAUAUUUAUAGAUGAAUAGUUUGUUAACAUUAUGCUUUA